AUGGCAUCCUCAUCGGAUCCAGACGCGAAUCCGCACGCGCUCCCCGGCGGCCUCACCCCAGACUCGGUCGACGUCCCCUCGGAGCUCUACACCAUUCUCUCUCGACUGCGCUACACGGACAAGAACGGCGCAGCUGCAAACGGCGACGGCGAUUCCAGUAAACCUGGCGCCAACACACCUGCUGGCGGCCUGCCAGGCUCCACACCCGCAGGAGGUGCAAACCACCCGGGUGAUGGCUCCGACACCAAGACAUUGUCGACAAAGGACCUCGCUGCCGCCACCGACCCGCUGAAGCACAAGAUCCAGCGCGCCCGUGCUGCAGUUCACACCCUGCCCGACAUCAACAGGACGAUCGCAGAGCAAGAGGUGGAGAUAAAAGAGUGGCAGGAGAAGAUCGAGAAACAGCGCAAAGUGUUGCAGCAGCUGAAGGAGUUCGGUAUCCAGUUCAGCCAUGGGAGUACCGAUGUCGAGAUGGGCGGGACGGGUGCGCAGGGCGGAGGAGAUUCUUUGGGCUAG